AUGUCGUGCCAUAGAGCUACCCAGUGGGAUACUCAUGAGGGUUACUUCGUCACUAUUUCCACCGAGACACCAUUGGAUGUCGAUCGCAUGACGGAAGCUUUCGCUGAGGUCGUCCAGCGCCAUGGCGCGCUUCGGACCACCUUCACCUGGAAUGAGGAGCUCGGGAAGCUCGAACAAACAAUUUACCCGUCCGUGGACUUCAAAGCAACCCUUGCGGAUCUCUUCAGCGAACUUGAUGAUGCAGCUAAGGCCUACGAGAUGAGUCUGGCGUUGAACAAACAGCCGAACUUCAAGCUCGACCGUCUUCCGCGCUUGAUCGCCACCAUGUUCGAUCUCGGCGGCGGCGACUGGGCAUUCAAUGUAGUGAUUCACCACAUUAUCAUCGAUGAAGCAUCACUCGGCGUGUUCUUCUACGAGCUUUUUCAGAUCUAUUUGAACGGCCCAGAAAAUUUACCCGAAGUUCCGAUCCACUACUCCGAUUUCAGCGAUUGGCUCUUGAAGACCUCAGAACGCCGUACAGAGCUCCGUGAAGACCACCUGAAGUUUUGGGCGGAGAAUUUGCAGGAGACGCAGCCGCUUCACUUGACCCUUGCUACGCCAUCUGAUCAGGAGCUGGCACCUGUCACCCAGAUUGAGGCAAAGAUUGGAGUUGGUGCUCUUGAGCACCACACUAAAGUAAUCAACGCUACUACUGCAACACCCUUCGCAGGGUUCUUUGCUGCAUACAACAUCCUCCUCCACAAAUACUCUGCCGGUCAUUCGUCAUUCGUCGUGGGCACCGCUGUCACGCAACGCAUCUUCCCAUGCUUAUGA